GGGCAUAAGACGCCGUAGCAGAAUCGUGGCACGCCCUACGACUUCCUCCAUUGUCCUUCUUUCCGGGAUACUCUGCGAGGAAGGAUGGCUCAGAACAAUUAUUUCGGUUUUACACACGGCGGAACGCAAUAUGGAGCUACGAGUGCCGCCGCUUAUCAAACCGGACAAGCGGGAUAUGCUGUAACCCCAGCGGCUACCGCCGCUACCUAUACUCAACGUCCUGCUACCGCUGCCGCUACGGGAUACGAAACUUAUCAGGCAGCAGCAGCCGCCGCCGCCACCGGCACUACUUACGCUGGUCUUUUUUCCCCCAUAGCCGCAAACCCAGGUACGGUGGCACAGACCUACGACUACGGAUACGGAAGGACUGCACCAGCGGCAACGUACGACGCAACUAAGACUUAUUAUCAGCAGCCGGCAGCGGCAGCAGCGACUUACACUACCACCGAGACUCACUAUCAAGCAGCUAAGCCAGCAUAUAGUACGACAAGCGCCUACACCGGUACAGCGCGACAAGUGACCACUACCGGACAAGCCAAAACUUAUCAAGCCUCUAGUACGGCUUAUCAACAAUCCAAUCCCACUCAAAACGCCACCUAUUCGUCAGGCUACACUGCACCUGCAACACCAGCUGUCACACCGGCUCCUCCGACAAAUAAAGCGGCGGGUACGACGUAUUCCGGCUACGACGCAGCGCUUUAUAGCGCUGCGACAAUGUAUGUAGCCCAACAGAGUGCAAACAGCAAUUCGACUAACCAGAAGACUGGAGGUUGGCAGGGCUACGGGCGUAAAGGUUUUGGAGCCGGCGGAGGAGGUGGAAUGAAAGCGAUGCGCACGAAGCAGCCGCCUAAACCGCAGCAACUUCACUACUGUGACGUCUGCAAGAUCAGCUGUGCAGGUCCUCAGACGUAUCGGGAACAUUUGGAGGGUCAAAAACACAAGAAGAAGGAAGCCUCGUUGAAAGUACCGCAGCAGCCACCGGCGCGCGGAGCCGCCAAUUCACUACGUUGCGAAUUGUGUGACGUAACCUGUACGGGAAAUGACGCCUAUGCCGCUCACAUCCGUGGUACCAAACAUCAAAAGGUCGUCAAACUACACACUAAACUUGGGAAACCAAUACCCAGCGCCGAUCCGACUGUUCUCAACCCAAAACCAGCGGUCGUCGCGAAAGCAACCACCGUUAAAAAACCCACCGUCACUGCUACGCCCAAAAUAAACUUUGUUGCCUCUGGAAAUUUGGGAACGGUGAACACAGCUCAAGCGGUAGAACCGAAAGCAGAAGAGACUGUGGCAGAAGAGCCAACGACCGAGGAAACGGUCGUCGAUGAAAAAGAUCCUCAGCCCGUCGGUCAAGAGUAUAUCGAAGAGAAUAAAUCCGAAGAUGGUAAAAUAAUAAGUUUCAAUUGCAAAUUGUGCGAGUGCCGUUUCAACGAUCCGAACGCAAAAGACAUGCACAUGAAGGGAAGACGUCACAGAUUCGCUUAUAAGAAAAAAGUUAAUCCGGAUUUGGUAGUGGACAUGAAACCAAGUUUGAAACAGCGGAAAAUGCAAGAAGAAAAACAUCGUCGCCAACAGAUAAAAGAAGAAUACACAAGGCGUCGGGAGGACAUGAGUCAAUUAGGCCCUAUGGGACCGAUGGGAAGAAUGAUCGAUGAUGAAAUGAUGUACUGGGAAGAGAGACGACGUUACGAGGACGAAUACGAGUAUUACGAAUGGUACCGAAGAUACGGACGUGGACCUGGUGCUCCGCCCAUGCCUCGACCUUUCCCUGGACCUCCGCCAAUGAUGAUGUUUCCAGGACCUCAAAGACGUCCGGACUCCUCCGAUGAUAAACACGUCGCCACUCAUCACUCCACCAUUUAUCCCAAAGAGGAGGAGCUGCAGGCAGUUCAUAAAAUCGUCUCCCACACCGAGAAAGCUCUCAAAUUCGUCUCCGAUACGAUGGCCGAAACUAGUAAAAAAAGCGCUCCGACAACGCCGGCGGUGACUCAAACUCCGACUCCGUCGAGCACACCUAGCACCACUCCAGCAGCAAACACCACUGCAACGCCAGCGAAUAACGCGAGUGAAUCUAACGCGACGACUCCCGAUGCAACCAAAAAAGAAGAAACUGACAAAAAGAAAACGCCGACUCCCGCUGCCCCCACCAAAGAAGAUGGCAGCGACGGAAAUCUUUUCUCCUUUCAAAACGAAAAGGAAGACGCUCGUGUUUUACGCAGCGUUAUGCGGGUCGGUAAUCUCGCUAAAGGUCUACUUCUCUCCGGGGAUAAUCACGUUUGCCUCGUCGUUCUUUGCGCUGAGAAACCUACCAAAACGUUACUGAACAAAGUAGCAGAAAUAUUGCCAGGGCAAUUGAAGAUCGUUGCACCGGACGAAACGUACAACGUUGGAAAGCAUCCGGAAUCGGCGGCGCUCACAGUUUCCGGAGGAACGGUUACGGUCAGCGUGACUCUGACGAGUCCACUGAUGCGUGAAACAAUCAAACCAAUCGCACCAGCUGCAGAUAAUGCUGGACAGCAGCAACAGGGAGCUGCUCCAUCGCAAACAACGCCCGCGACGCCCGCCGUGACGAAACCAGACCCACCAGACGUACUUCCCAAGGCUAAGUGUUUGGAGGCUUUAGCUGCACUCAGGCAUGCCAAGUGGUUUCAGACUAGGGCUACCUCCCUUCAAAGCUGUGUUAUGGUUAUUCGCAUAAUGCGUGAUCUGUGCAAUCGUGUACCCACGUGGGGACCUCUCAACGCAUGGGCAUUGGAGUUGUUGACUGAAAAAGUAAUCAGCACCGCCGGAGGACCGCUCAGUCUUGGAGAAGCGCUGCGUCGACUUCUCGAGUGCGUUGCCGGAGGAAUUCUUUUGCCGGGCAGUCCGGGAAUAUUGGAUCCUUGCGAGAAAGAGCCGACGGACGCUAUAGGCAAUAUGACGGCGCAACAGAGGGAAGACAUAACGGCAUCGGCGCAACAUGCGUUAAGGCUCGUGGCUUUCCGUCAAAUUCACAAAGUCCUGGGGAUGGAACAGCUCCCACCCCCAAAAUACAAGGGUCGUUUUGCGCGUAAACGCAGACGCGACAAUAGUAAUGGUGAAGGUACAGAAAUUGAGGCUUCAAAAAAGGAUAAAAAAACGGAGGAAGCUGCGGCGGUUCCCGUUAAAAUGGAGACGGACUCGAAAUAAUUGAAAAUAAGAAAGAACAUCACCAACAACGGGAAAAAAACAACACCAAAACAUUCGCUUUACCGAAUAAGUAUAACUUAUGAAUAACGAAUCAAUCUUUUUUUCCCCUCGUGUCAAUUGCUUGUUCGAAAUUGAAACUCGUGUGGAAAUCAUUAAUUGACAAAAAAGCAUUAUUAAUGCGAUUUUGAAUGCGUGUAAUUUGUGACAAUAUUUUGCUUUUGUUUGUUCGAGAAAAGAAUAUCAAAUGAAUAACCAAAAAAAAAAAAAAUAGUAAUUGCGCGUUGCUUCGGUUCGUAAAACGUCGCGAGUUUUUCCUUUUUCUCCCAAAAUAAUGAAUUUUUUCUCAAUUCACUUGAGACACUCUUUUUCUUGAUAAAUGUCGAUCAUGCGAAAUUAAGCGCAGGCAAUUGGUACGAUUUAUUUUAGCAUCGCCCUUCAAUUUAUCGAGUUCUUAAAAAUUGAAAAAAUGGAUUAAAAAAUUGGAAAACUACGUUUUCGUCCAUUUUACGAGAUCGUGCAGAUUGUCCGUGUCGAAAACUCGGAGGAGAUUGCACCAUGAACGCUUAAGAACGCGAAAGAGUAAUAUAAAGAGGGCGAAAAACAAAAUGGAGAAUUGAACGAGAUGAUGGAAAAAGCCGAAGUUUAUAAGAUUUGAAUUUAAGCGUAAACACGUAGUUUUACUCGAGACUCGAUGUGUAUGUUGUGUGUGUAGUCGUACAGGAAUAAAACAAAAAAAAACGAAGAAAAAAUAAGGUGAAAUCCCGAUUUUCGGAUGUCACAAUUACUUCUUUUUCUUUUCUUGUAUAGCAAACGUUCGUAAAUACAGCGGAAAUUUUUAUUUCAUCUUUUCACUAUUCUCGUUUACUUGAAAAAAGGUAAUAAAAAAAAAAAGAAAUACUCCGAGAUCGUAAGUUUGGCUCUCUUAGAAAAAAUCGAUUCGACAAAAAAAGAGAUAAAAGAGAUUCGAUAAAAAGAAAAUAAUCAGUAUAAUCUUGUAUUGGAAUGUUUGUGAGAAAGAAUAACUAUCUGACCACAGUGUACGACCCUGCGUUGUAUUUUGAAAGUCAUCAACCAAUAAACUUCACAUGUAACAAA